AGUUCGUGAGGGAAGUUUUAGUCAGUCAGUCAGUCGAAGGGGAGGGGGGGGCGGCCGAGCGGGUCUCUCCGUCUGGACUCGCUGAGGGAGGGGAAAUAUCUAUCUCUCCAAGACACCUGAGAGAAAAUUCCCUUUGUUCCUCAUGGAAGGCUGACAGCAUGGUAAUCCAUAAAACACAUCAAAGAUGACAACUCACAAACUUUUACUUUGAAGAUCAGUGGUAAUGAGCACAGUUUAUUCAUAGUCUCCAAAAAAGAACCUUUAUUUACAGAAGGCAUCCCUGUGCUGACAAAUGAAGAAAAAGGAUCUGGCUGGGAUCAAUCAGCCGUACUCUGACUUUUCAAGAGGAUUUAGCGCCCGCUACAUCAGAAGGUCUUAUAAAACGACCUGUUGGCGCAGGGAUGCAUCCCGCUCCUGCUUCAGACUUUAAUGGAUGGCCAGAAUUUGAUUAUGUAGCCAAGAGAAAUACACAAAGUGGAAAGGAAUGAGUAAUUGUCUUACCAUGCACUGAACAAAUCUGAGCAUCAGGUGCUAAGCCCUGGGGAAGAUGUCUGCUUGCAAUGCCUUCACUGAACACGUCUGGAAACCUGGUGAAUGUAAAAACUGCUUCAAGCCAAAAAGCUUGCACCAAUUGCCUCCAGCCUCUGAGAAACCUCCAGUUCCGAAUACGAAUGUGAAAACCAAUGCAAACAGCCAGCGGCCUAAGAACGCGGGAAGUUUCCGUCCCCCUGUGGCCAAAAAACCAACAAUUGCUGUAAAACCCACCAUGAUGAUGCUAGACGGACAGGGCGUAUGCGGUGAGGUCGUCUUGCAAGAUCUCUGUGAGAACAAGUCAGCUGUCGUAGGGUGGAACCAAAACAGGACAGUCCUGAACAAAAAACCACUGAAUAAUAACAACGAGGAAGAGAUUGAUGUUUAUAGCCAAGUUCAUAGACCUUACGGGAACAGCGAUGGCGUAGGUAAGGCUCCAAAUAACAGUAAUGGACUGACGGAAGUCUUGAAGGAGAUUGCAGGCUUGGAUACCACCUCUCAUCUAACAGGAAGUGAAAUGAGUUCAAGGGAAGCAUUCUUGGGAAGAAUUAACAAUUGUUAUAAGAAGUCACUUGAGAGAAAGAUCCCUCCAAGUUGCAUGAUGGGCGGAAUGAAGGACUCCCAUAAUAAGCACGUUGUUCUGAGCGGAAGCACUGAUGUAAUAAGUAACGAAGGUGGCCGUUUCUGUUACCCAGAAUUCUCCAGCGGGGAUGAGAGUGAGGAUGACAUGUUCUUUGGCCACAUGCAAGAAGACCACGAAAGUUGGGACGAAAGCGAUGAGGAGCUGCUGGCGAUGGAGAUCCGCAUGAGGGGACAGCCACGCUUUGCCAAUUUUAGAGCUAACACUCUGUCUCCUGUUCGGUUCUGUGUUGACAAAAAAUGGAACACGGUGCCUUUAAGGAACAAGUCUCUCCAGAGGUUUUGUGCUGUGGACUAUGACGACAGCUAUGAUGAAAUAUUGAACGGUUACGGAGAAGACCCUGAGAUCCUUUAUGGGCCAGAAAGCAUGCAAAGCAUGGUAUCCUCCAAUUCUACAUCUCCUGAUUCUUCUUUGACCGAAGAGUCUCAUUCUGGGACAACCAGCAGUUCUUCUCAAAGGCUCUGCAAUGGCGGACUGUCUCCCAGUACCCCUAAAGAUAUCAAAUUGAUCGAGGAAGGACAUGAAACCUUUGGGGACAGUCAGCAGGUAAAAGCGACAACUAAAAGCCCUCAAAAUGCUAACAAGGCUUUGGAGACUCACAAGGCCGUUCUUGCCCUUAGACUAGAAGAAAAAGAUGGUAAGAUCGCUGUCCAGAGCGAUAAGCAAGAAUGCAAAAGUCCUUCAGAUAGGCCAGGUCAAACAACAGUUUCAAACGUACUCCCUGUUGAAGAGCAAGCCAAACCUUACAGAGUAGUCAACAUGGAACAACCAGUGUGUAAGCCAUACACUAUAGUGGAUGUGUCAGCAGCCAUGACCCAAGAAUGUCUAGAGAAUCAGACGAGAAACCUAGAUCCAAAAAUUACUCAGACUCACCCAAAUCCAUCAGAUACCACAAGUGUGAACGUUACAUCCCAGUCAGGGUCAUCCGGCCAAGUAAAUGCCAAUCUUAAGAAAUCUAGCGCAGUCCGAUACCAGGAAGUUUGGACUUCCAGUACCAGCCUACGUCAAAAGAUACCUAAAGUGGAACUAAUUGCUAAUACUUCAGGAACUUCUGUGCCUCCAAGGAAGAACAUCCACAAAUCUGCUCCUACCUCACCUACAUCAACAAAUAUUUCUACAAAAACAAUUCCCGUAAAGUCUCCUAACCUGUCUGAAAUAAAAUUCAAUAGUUACAACAACGCUGGCAUGCCUCCCUUCCCAAUUAUUAUCCACGAUGAGCCAACAUACGCUAGGAGCUCCAAGAACGCCAUCAAAGUUCCUAUUGUAAUAAAUCCAAAUGCGUAUGAUAACUUGGCCAUCUAUAAAAGUUUCCUAGGGACUAGCGGAGAGCUCUCUGUCAAAGAUAAAACAACCAGUGUAAUAAGCCACACCUAUGAAGAGAUAGAAACCGAAAACAAAGCGUCUGAAACAGUAGCCAGCAAAUCUGAACUUUCCCAAGCCAAAGGGAUCACCAAUAGCGCUGACAGACUAGGUUCCGUGGCGCAGAAGGUUCAAGAGUUCAACAGCUGUCUUGGCAAAGGUCAGAGUUCACCAAAAAGUUCUGGCCACAGCUCCCCGACAAAAAUACAGAGGAACAUUCAAGAGCCUACGGCCAAAGCAGAAGAAGCACAGGAGAUAUUGGGAGGCAGCCAGGAAAAUGCCUGUACUGUGCUAUCGCAGAUAGUGGCUUCUAUCCAGCCUCCACUUUCACCCCCAGAAGUACCUCAAGCCACACCCAAGUCUUGCAGCGUAGAAGAGCUGUAUUCAUUGCCCCCUGAUGCUGAUGCAGGUAAAACCAUCCCAGUGCGACCCAAAUCUCUCUUUACGGCACAAUCCUGCCCUGAUACUGAGGUAGUCAAAUCCCCAGAAACAUCACAGAAGGAAACCUUGUUAAAGUCACCGGCUGCAUUGUCCCCAAAGUCACUGGUGGUUUCCCCAAAUACCACAAGUCCCCAAAGUGAGCAGACUCCCCCAUUCCCUCCUCCACGUUCUACAUCAUCGCCUUACCACGCUAGCAAAGUGUUGCAGAGGCAUUUCAGUAACUGGACCAAACCCACGAGCCCCACUAGAUCCACAGAGGCUGAGUCAGUGUUGCAUUCAGAAGGCAGGCGCACAGUCGACGCAAAGCCCAAGCGGUGGAUAUCCUUUAAGAGCUUCUUCCGCCGUAGGAAGACUGAAGAUGAGGAAGAGAGAGAGAGAGAGAAGGGGAAACUGGUGGGCCUUGAUGGAACCGUGAUCCACAUGCUCCCGCCACCUCCCGUUCAACGCCACAAUUGGUUCAGUGAGUCCAAAACCGAUUCCAGUGAGAAACCAUCCAUCGUUUUCAUGUUCAAAUGUGAACAAGCAAAGCUGGAGGCAAGAUCUGACCAAAACAAGACCGAGGUGAAGUCUGCAGUUGAUGAAGCUGAAACAAAAGACAGGAGGGAAAGUGAGCGGUCUCCCGAGAUCUCAGAAGAAAACCUGAAGAGUCAUUCUUCUGCAUCUCAGCUACCCAAGGAAAUUCUCAGCUCGCCAGAUCCCAGUGGAAUAAAUGCUUCGCCAGAGUUCCGAGACAUGAUCAAAAGGUUCAAGAAGGCUUUGAGAGAAUUUCCUUUAAUGGGGAACUGUGUGAGUGAGUAUAGUGGUCAAGUGCCCGAUGAGUCCACGGUGGAAAACAAUGUCUCCCCUUGCAUUCCGCGAUCUGCGUUCGGAAAGCUGGCAAGUGGCAACAAUGCUUCGGCCAUUCCGCUGUCCCCUCCAGAAAUGCCACAAGGGGAAGAUGAAAGGGAAGAAAUGUCUGAUUCUUCUGACCUGAGUGGCUGCAGCGCUACGUACAGUAACUUGGGGCAAUCCAGAGCAGCUAUGAUUCCUCCGAAACAACCACGGCAAACAAAGGGGGCUUUGGAUGACGCCAUUGCUUUUGGGGGAAUCUCCGAUCCAGAGAUGGCAGCUGCUGUACAUCCAACACCACCUCCGCUGCCCAAGAAGACCGUUCUAAGAGCUCACACAGAACCGCUUCCGAAAGAACUGCACAAACAGGGCCCGGAGAGCAGCCUGUGCGUUAUGGCCAACCCCACCUACGACAUCGACACCCGCUGGGAAGCAGGCAGCGCCUGCUCUUCCCUCAGCUCAGAGCUCAAGGUCAUGGACGACGAGUCGGGAGAUUCCUUGGACAGACCUCUCGGGAAAGGACCAGCAGUCCCGCCUGCAGCCAACAGCUUCACUAGCCACACUGCUCUGGGCGUUAAGGACAGGGGUUCCAAAAGCACGGAGUCUCUGUCAGGAAGGCCCGCCACCUACAGCAAGCAUGGCAGGGCCGUCCAGAAGCCCCAGCGGCACACGCUUUAUCGAGGCAUCGAGAACAGAGAAGAGGUGGUGAGCAAAAUCAGGAGCCUGCACACCGACUCCCUGAAGAAAUUGUCCGCCAAGUGCGAAGACCUGUUCAUGGCCGGGCAGAAAGAUCAGCUUCGGUUCGGGGUAGACAGCUGGUCGGACUUCAGAUUGACCAGCGACAGGCCUUGCUGCGAGGCAGGAGAUGCCGUCUACUACCGAGCUUCCUACGCAAAAGAUCCACUCAACAGCUACGCCGUCAAGAUUUGCAAGAGCAAAGCGAAGGAAUCCCAACAGUAUUACCACAGCUUGGCCAUCCGCCAGAGCCUGGCUAUUCACUUUAACAUACAGCAGGACUGUGGCCAUUUCCUAGCUGACGUGCCCGUGCGGCUCCUUCCGUGGGAGGAUCCUGACUCACCAGAGGAGGAGGAGGAGGAACCGCAGGAAGAAGGGGAGCAGAGGACCCACGAGAGCCCUCCCGAGGUGGAAGCGUCCCAGAGGGACGGCUCGACCGGCACCCCAGGCACUGUCAGCAAGCAGCGCAGCCGAGUGGUCGUCAUCACCCGCGAGGUCCCCUACCUGACGGUGGCCGAUUUUGUGCGGGAGUCUUCCGGGCGUCACGCCAGCAGCCCGGACUUGUACGAGCGGCAGGUGUGCUUCCUCCUCUUACAGCUGUGUUCCGGCCUCGAGCACCUGAAGCCCUAUCACAUCACGCACUGCGACCUGCGCCUGGAGAACCUCCUGCAGGUGGACUACAAGCCCGGGGGGAGCCUUCUGAGCUCGGAGUGCGUGGAGCCCAACCCCAACGCCGCUUGCCCCGCCCGGCUCAUUGUGAGCAAUUUCUCCCAAGCCAAGCAGAAGAGCCACACGGUAGAUCCUGAAGUCCUGAGGGACCAGUCCCGCCUGGCCCCAGAGAUCAUCACGGCAACGCAGUAUAAAAAAUGCGACGAGUUCCAGACGGGCAUCCUCAUCUACGAAAUGUUGCACCUGCCUAACCCCUUUGAUGAAAACCCAGAGCUGAAGGAAAAAGAGUACACCCGCGCCGACCUGCCCCGGAUCCCUUGCCGCUCCCUUUACUCCUUGGGGCUCCAGCAGUUGGCAAACUGUCUGCUCAACCCCAACCCUUCGGAAAGGAUCCUCAUCUCCGAGGCCAAGGGAGUCCUUCAGUGCUUGCUGUGGGGCCCUCGGGAGGAUCUGUUUCAAACUCUCAGCGCCUGCUGCCGGCCGGCACAAAGGGAGACUGUGCUCCAGAACUGGCUGGACAUCAAACGGACGCUGCUGAUGAUCAAGUUUGCCGAAAAGUCUUUGGACAGGGAAUGUAAAGUCAGCCUGGAAGACUGGCUCUGUUGUCAGUAUCUGGCUUUUGCCACGACGGACUCGGUCAGCCGCGUGGUGAAAAUCAUGCAGCAGCACUAGCUGCCACUUUUGACUUCCAGCGAUGCCCCCCCCGCCCCCCGAAUCCUUUCUCCAGUCCAACGCUCGCUCACGCUGCCCUAUGAGUGCUGAAAGUCUAGCCUAGAUAUCAAGGUCGCCAAGACUGAGCAAACAGAUCUCAGUAGGAAGCUCGGUUUCCUGUCUGAGACGCAAAGGGAGAACUGGUACCGGCCUGAGGACUCAUCGCCUCCUGUAGCGGGAGGUGUGAUAGAACAAGGAAAAGCGGGAACGCUGGUAAGGAAACCACUACUUCUGAGAUCCCCCAUUCCGAAGAAAGCGGUGCGGAGGUGUGCUCAGCCACGCCCUGCAUAUGGCAGUGCCCGGCGAACUGCAAACAGGAACGAGACAAACGAGCUGCCGAAAUGAGUAAACCACUUUUCACGUGGUGUGGGGCUUCUGCCCCUUGCCUUCCCAAAAGAACUCCCAGCCCUGUUAUGUGGGGACAACUCAGCCAAUACCAGUCACGCCUGAAAGUCAGCUUUGAUCAUUCCCUCUCCUCUUCCCAACGAGGCAGCAUUUUUGACUGCCAGGGAGUUAUGACCACCAGCCCACCCACCCACCCACCCCCCGAUCAAAUUGUCACACGCACCCCUUAACUCUUGCUUAGGGGCAAACAACACAUGGCAUGCAAGUUAUUUUUAAAAUGUGACAACCCUUCCCCCCCCCCCCGCUCCUCCAGCAUCUGCUUUUUUAAAAAGAAAAGCAGCCUUAGAAGACAGACUUCGAAGAGAGGUGCAGCUGGUGGGGAGAGUUGCUCAGAUUUACCCGCUCUGGGUUCCAGAGUUCCUGUAACAUUACAUUUCUCCCCUCUUGGUGUCCUUCUCAGCCCUCGCUUCAUUUGAUUGGGCAGCAGUCGUCAAAGCAGAACACUUCCCCAAAAACAGUGGAUUUCUUUCGGCCAGCACCUGUGCUGCACUGGUCCUGCUCAGGGUUAUCAACGGACUGUUAAUUAUAACCGUGUUACUCGAGAGCCAGUGUAGACAGCCUGAGGCCAAUAGAAGCUGUUCUUUCUCUGUCUCCUAUCAGGUGUGGCUGGUGUCCUAAAUCAGGGUCAAGGCCGAAUCUGCUUUCUGUGCCUUUUUUCCACUUGAUUUUGACCAGCCGAGCCACACGUGGCAUUUCCACAUCAUAAGACGGAAGCCGGCUAUGUUGGCAGGCGACAUCAUUGCUUAGGGCUCGGUCUUCUGUCACUAAUAAGCUACGUUGUUAGAGAACGUUUGCCUUGAAGUGCAGUUCUCGGGGGGGGGGGUUGUCCAGGGAGAGCACAUCUUCUCAGCAGCCAUAAUUUUGCCCAACCUUCAGUAGCAGCCGUUCCAGCUGUUACUGCCAAUCUCUUAAAAUGCCACGGGUGUCGGCCUGCAUGCCGGGGACUCUGAAGGAGUCGCCGCAUACUAAGGAGACAUUAAGCAAGCAAAUCCAACCGCCUGAAGGAGCGUUUGGCCUGCAGACCCCGCCACUGGCUUCUUUCCCUGAUACAGUGGCCUUUUUCCUGUGGAAGCGCAGCAUCUGUUUCUCUCCUACACCUGAUCUCUUUGCUCAGUAUUCUUGGAGUGCCUCCGAAGGACAGCAACUGCAACCCAGUAUUGAAUUCCUCACAGCGGGGAGGGGGAGAGCGGCCGUUAGUUGGAAAGAGGACACCUCUCGUGUCAAGCCCCUGCUCCUUCUUUCUCCUCCUAUGGAUAUAUGUGCAAUUUUUGGAUGUAUUAUAUGACUAAGC